AUGGACGCUGCUCCGGAACCAAAUCUGGAGAUCCAGGACCUUGAUUCGUGGCUCGCAUCGGUAGCCACCACUCUGGCGCCCACGACGCAGUCUGCAGACGCUGCCACUGCGCUUCCCACAUGGCUGCAGGAGGCAUUGGACGGUGCGGAACCUGGACCUACAGCGGGUCCCUCGAGUGCUGGGCCCUCGACGGUAGCAGACGGAUCCACCUCCGAGACAUCGGGUCCGUCGAAAUCACUCGAAAGGAUCCGGCGCAAGAAUCGGUUGGCGCAGCAGAGAAGUCGACAGCGGCGCAGCGAGCAUGUCAGGGAGCUUGAAGACCAGGUGCGCCAGCUCCGACAACUGCUCGAGCUCGAACGGCAGCGCAACGCCACGUCCGAGUCGAACCAGUUGACACCAUCGCAACGGCGAAACACGGCCUCUCACGGGACGAACAAAGAAGUGCGCGGCUCGGUGAGCAUGUCUCGUCUACUCGCCAUGCUGGCCGACGGCACCUUGGAUGAUCGAUUUUUCCCGCUGCUUGGACGGCAUUUUGACAACUCGAGCAUUCACAGGCGAUCCGACGGCAGCCUGCGUUCGGCCUUGACCGAUCCCGACUCGGCCAUAUCGUGGCAGGUGUCGUUCAACACGGACAGCAGCAACUUUGCCCGAGCUGCGAGCACGCAGUUGGGUCUUCCGUCGGCGAUCGUCAUGCCCGAACUGGUGCUGUACAAGGUGUGUCGGUUCUACUUUCGGCUGCUGCUGCCGUUCAGCACGUCGUUCGGAAGCGGCAUGGUCAAUCUCGCCACGGCCGAGCUCAUGCAGGAGCCUGAAAGCGUAUCUGCGCGUUGGAAUCGCCAUCCCUCGGAGGCCAGUCACAGCCUCGACGAGACAGGUACGUUGCCGGAAUUGCUCAUGCCGACGCGGCUGCAGAGCACGGUGGGUUCGCAUCCGAUCGAGAUUGCCAUCAUCCCGUUUGCGAGUCUGCGCGAUCGAUUGCUGCUCACCGUACUCGCCAUGAACGGCACACAGAGCUUCGAGGUCGAAGACGCAGCAGGAACGGUAUGGCCGGAUGAGGACAUGAUCUACGACCAUACUUUCUCGACCAAGCCCAACAGCGGCAAGCCCAUCGAUCGUGCCCAAACGGUCGGUUCUCGACCGGCUGCACUGAGGAAGGAUCCGCUGUGCCCUGCAGCGCGUGCGUGGCUCGACGAGUUUAUGGUCGACUUUGUCGGCUCCCUGCGCGUGUGGAACGCCAGCGACGACUGCUUCAACACCACGGCCUUUGAGCUGCGUCCGCAGUUUGUCGCAAAGUAUCGCCUCCUCCUCGACGCCGAUCUGAUCCGGACGAGCAACUUUUGGAGGAGCUCGCGCGGCGAACCCAGUCUACGCACGAGGUAA